AUGGCCGACGCGCUGGCCGAGAACACCGCCAAGCUUCAGCUCGACGAGGAGACCGGGGAGAUGGUCUCCAAGGGCGAGCUGAAGAAGCGAUUGCAGAAGCGUGCCAAAAAGGCCGCCCAGACGAAAGCCGCCGCCGACAAAGCCGCUGCCCCGCCGAAGCCUGCCGCCCCGAAGCCCGCCAAAGCUCCCGAGGAGCAGCUCGACCCUGAUGCCAUGUUCAAGCAGGGCUGGCUGGCCGGUGUGCACCGUGAACGCCCGGUCAAGCCCGUCGUGACGCGAUUCCCCCCCGAGCCGAACGGAUAUCUGCAUUUGGGACACUGCAAGGCCAUUGCGAUCAACUUUGGAUUUGCGCGGUAUCACGGAGGACAGACUGUAGUCGAACGCGAGCUAAUGGUUAGAUUCGAUGAUACGAACCCGGAGGCGGAGGAAGAGAAAUACUUCCUGGCGAUCGAGGAUAUCAUUCAAUGGCUGGGAUUCAAACCUCACACGAUCACGCACUCCAGCGACAACUUCGACAAGCUGUACGAGCUGGCCGAGAAGCUGAUCAACCUCGAAAAGGCCUACGUCUGCCACUGCAGCGAUGUCCAGAUCAAGGAGCAGCGCGGCGGAGAAAAGAAUGGCACGCGAUUCCGUUGCGAGCACGCCGCGCAGGACGUUGCGACCAACCUGCAGAAGUUCCGCGACAUGCGCGACGGAAAAUACGAGCCUCAGACGGCCUUCCUGCGCAUGAAGCAGGAUAUUGAGAAUGGCAACCCCCAAAUGUGGGAUCUGGCGGCAUACCGAGUGCUGAAGAAGCCUCACCACCGGACGGGAGAUCGGUGGCAGAUCUACCCGACCUACGACUUCGCUCACUGUCUCUGCGAUAGCUUCGAGGGCAUCACGCACAGUCUGUGCACGACGGAAUUCAUUCUGUCUCGGGAGAGCUACGAGUGGCUGAACACGUCGCUGGGCGUGUAUGAGCCUAUGCAGCGUGAAUAUGGCCGCAUGAACGUCAGCGGAACCGUGAUGAGCAAGCGAGCCCUCAAGAAGCUGGUAGACGGCAACUAUGUGCGCGGCUGGGACGACCCCCGACUAUACACCGUCAUCGCUCUGCGUCGUCGGGGUAUUCCCCCGGAGGCUAUUCUGUCCUUCAUCAACGAGCUCGGCGUUACGACCGCUCAGACCCUCAUCCAGAUCUCUCGUUUCGAGCAGUCGGUGCGCUCGUAUCUCGAGACGCGCGUUCCUCGUCUGAUGCUUGUCCUGGACCCGCUCCCCGUUGUCAUUGAAGACCUGGACACCGUCGACCCCAAGGAGCUGGAGUUGGACAUUCCUUUUGCCCCCAAGGACCCUGCCAUGGGAUCCCACAAGCUCCCCUGGACCAAGACGGUUUACAUCGAGCGGGGCGACUUCCGUGAAACCGACAGCAAGGACUACUUCCGUCUGGCGCCGGGCAAGACGGUUGGUCUCUUCAAGGCUUCCCUGCCCAUCAAGGCGACCACCUUUACCAAGGACGCCAACGGCAAGGUCACCGAGGUGCGUGCGGUGCUCGACCGGGACGGCAAGAAGCCCAAGACCUUCAUUCACUGGGUGCCGGAGGGAUCGCGCAAGGUGGAAGCUCGCGUGCACGACCCGCUGUUCAAGUCCGACGACCCGACCUCCGUGGAGGGUGGCUUCUUGAACGACAUCAACGAGAAGAGCGAGACGGUCUACCCCGAGGCUCUGGUGGAGGCCGGAUUCGACGAAGUGCGCCGCCGGGCUCCUUGGCCAGCGGCUGCUGGAGAGAAGGGCAAGAGUGGACCGGAGAGUGUCCGCUUCCAGGCGAUGCGUGUUGCCUACUUUGCCGUGGACUCGGACUCGACCGAGGACAAGGUGGUGCUCAACCGCAUUGUGUCAUUGAAGCAGGAUACCGGCAAGGUCGCCAAUUAG